UGAUGAGCAGAUUUCCCUUUCUUUCUCUCGCUCCGUUUCUAUCUGCAUCUAUCUCAUCGGCGCUGACCAUCGAGAGCAAUCGCCUCCUAUUGAUUUAUCGACCUGCUCCCACCUCGAGAACGAUAAACCGGCCGUCGCGUCGUGAACUGCGUUUUAAUGACCUAUUUACUGUCCGCGCGCGUAAACAUGCUUCGAAACUACGAGUCGGUCGCACAGAUGUCACAUCACUCCAGUCGUUUACCAUGAGAGAACUGAACAUGUGCUGGAAGAUUAUUGCGACAUUGAGCUUGGACUGUUUUAAAGGUUCUCCGUCGUCUUCGCACAGGUCAUCCACAAAGCUGGGCUCGAGUCAGGCCGCCAGCAUGGAGAGCAGUUCUCUGACCGGCAGUCUGUCUCUGAACUCUGAUGUUCCUCACUGCCAGUGCUGCAUCUCUUACGAGGCCCGGCUGAAGCGUCUCUCCUGCGGCCACCUCUACUGCGACCCCUGCUCCGAUCAGAUCGUCAACCUGGCUUUUGAGGACAUAGAAGGUCUGGCCGAGUAUCCCUGCCCAGUGUGCAAAACCCUCCGUCACCUUGGAGGCUUCGCUUCAGCCCACAGCUACCAAAGCAUGACCCACUGUUCGCCCUUCGGAAGUCAAAAGCAGCAGCUAGUUGAAGAGAAAGGAGGCCUGUGGGAAUGAUUGUGUCAUUCAAAGGAAAUGCUCACCCAAAAAUGACUGUAAAUGUAAAAGUGCUGAAAAUGU